UACUGACAAGACGGCCACCCUCCCUGCUCGAAUCACAGGAAAGAAGCCACCGUUCGGAAGAGCCGCACGGAAAGAGAGGAAACGCGAGAGACGAAUCAUGACCUUGAGAUGAGCGGGGAGGAAGAAGACGGAGUCCCACGUUCCCAGGCGGGGUCCGCUGACAGUAAUUUGUGUUUUCGGGGACACGAAGGUGGCGGAAUGCACUGGAAUAAAACGGAUGGUUUUGAAGACACUGGCGGCAGUGUAUCAGGGUAGCCGGCUCGGGUGGAUGGGUGAUAGAGGACUGGUACAAUGAAGAUUCUCCUACUCAUAUCGGCGUGCGUGGCAGCAACCCUCGCGGCGACCCAGGAAGGGUUCAGCGCACCGCCGCCGCCUCAGCCGCGAUACAACGCGCCGGGAACGCAGCAGGAGCCGCAGCAGCAACCACAGUCACCAGAGUCGAGCUACAGUCAGCCGCCUCAGUCAACCUUCAACCAGCCACCAGAGCCGUCGCAAUCGGGAUUUAACCAGCAGCCUCAGUCCGCUUUCAGCCAGCAGCUUCAGUCUGGCUUUAGCCAAGAGCCACAGUCAACUUUCAACCAGCCGCCACAGUCAAGCUACAGUCAGCCACCGCAGUCGGGUUUUAACCAGCAGCCACAGUCUGCUUUUAGCCAGCCGCCACAGUCUGGCUUUAGCCAAGCGCCGCAGUCAAGGACGCCACAGUCAACUUUUGACCAGCCACCACAGUCAAGCUACAGUCAGCCAUCGCAGUCAGGAUUUAGCCAGCAGCCACAGCCGGGCUUUAACCAGCAGCCACAGUCGGGUUUUAACCAGCAGCCACAAUCGGGUGUUAACCAGCCAGCGCAAAAUGGCUUCAACCAGCUGUCAUCUCAAGCGGGCUUCAACCAGCCGUCUCAGUCAGGCUUCAACCAGCCCGAGUCGAGUUACAACCAGCCUCCUCAGUCAGGCUUCAACCAGCCCGAGUCGAGUUACAACCAGCCUCCUCAGUCAGGCUUCAACCAACCCGAGUCGAGUUACAACCAGCCUCCUCAGUCAGGCUUCAACCAACCCGAGUCGAGUUACAGCCAGCCGUCACCGUCGAGAUUCAACCAGCCACCACAGUCGGGUUUCAACCAGCCACCGCAAUCCAGCUUUAAUCAGCCUCCACAAUCCACCUACAGCCAACCGCCACCCGAGGCCAGUCAGCAGAACUUCGGUGUGGUUAAUCCACAGGGUGGCUUUGGAGGACAGAAAACCGGGUUCGGUCCCCCACAAGGAGCUAUUGGGCAGCAGCCGAAUGGAGUUGUCGGUCAGCAAGGAGGUUUCACCGGUCAGCAAAAUGCGUUGGAUCGUCCCGUCGGCUCCCCUGGUUUCGGAGCCCAGCAGGGCGGUUUUAGACGCCAGCAAGCGGGUUUGGGGGCCCAGCCGGGCGCUUUCGGGACCCAGCAAGGUGCCUUUGGAGCUCAGCCGGGCGGUUUUGGAGCUCAGCCGGGCGGUUUAAGAGGUCAGCAGGGCGCCUUCAGAGGUCAGCAAGGCACCUUCAGAGGCCAGCAGGGCGGUUUCGGAGGCGCCCCCGGUGCCGGGUACGGCUCUCCUGGUCCCUUGGAUGGGAGCUACUACGGACCGGCCCAAUACGCGUUUCAGUACGAGGUCAACGACCCCACUUACGGUACCCAGUACUCCCGCCAGGAGAGUCGCGAGGGCGCCAACACGCAGGGCUCGUACCGUGUGCUGCUGCCGGACACCCGUGUAAUGAUAGUCAACUAUAGAGUGGCGGGUGAUCGGGGAUACGAAGCCGACGUCCAGUACCAGGGCGAGGCUCAGCCUUAUCAGCCACCAGUCCCCGGAUACGGCCCUCAGCGGCAGCAGUUCCAGAACAGACCUGGUGCGGGUUACCCACUGCAGAACCAGGUACCUCAGCAGCAGCCGCCUCAGCAGAUACGACCGCAGACGCAGCAAUUCCAGCCACAGCAGCCGCAGUACCAGGGUCGAUUCCAGGGCAGGAGGUAGAGCGGCGGGCACAAAAGUCAUCAUGGUGACAUCAGUGCUACUUUGGCUCACAAUGGAUGUAAAAUAGGAUUUGGAUAUGAAAAAUGAACUUGGAUUAGAUAAGAGGUCCUUAUGUUAUAUGUGUUGCGUGUGUGCCAAUGUCUGUCAAUUUCAUGUCGAAGCUAAAGGGCAGGUGUUUUAGUUAGGCACUUAUGUGUACAUGCUUUACGUAAGCUUUAAAUAGAUACUGCCAAACCAGAGUUGCUUGUCCAUAUUGUGUCUUAUGUUUUCUGCCUCAAAAUAAUAAAACGUAUUUAAUUAGCAAUUAGCAUGCUUAUGAAUCCUUGAAAAUGAGCAUUUCAGAAUUUGAUCUUAACAGCAUCAGGGUAUUUAAUGAUAAAAUAUAAUCAAUUUAUGAGCAUCGAAUCAAGGAAAAACAAACAAACCCUCAGUUUUUAAUUUGCAAUUUGCA